AUGUAUGUAGACCAUUUUGGGAAUAGUAACAUACAGGAAUGGUUGGAUGAACACAAAGACGAGUUUGUUGGUAACGUUGAGGAAGAAGUACUUGAUGGUGCAGGACUGGUUAAGGAAGUUGCACCAGGGCAUCGGGAUGUGGGUGACACAAACGAUGAGGAAGAGAAUUGCGACGAUGAUGACGACGAGGAUGAGGAUGUCGAUGGCGAUGAGGAUGACCAUCAGAAGCCUCAUUUUUUUUAUAAAGGGCAUUGGCCUGUCAUUUCUUGUGGGGGGAUGAAGUUUGAGGCAAGGAAAAUGGACGAGGCGUUUACUGUGGAUGUUGAAAAAAAGGAAUGCAGCUGCAGGCUAUGGCAACUUAAUGGAUAUGGCUGCAUACACUCAGUUGCCACCUUAGCCUACUUAAAUUGA